AUGAACAAGAAGGAGUUGAUUUUAACAGCCGCUUUUCUGUUUUGCUUUGUUUCAUUGGGUGUUUGUGUUGGUUCAUUGGGACCAACACUCAAUUCAUUUACAGAGCAUUUAGAUGCCUCAGUAGAUCAAGUUGGAUAUUUUUUUUCAGCAAGAGGUAUAGGAUACUUUAUUGGUUCUCUAGGUUGUAGAUUUAUUGAUAGAUUUAGAAAUAGUAAUUUCCUUAUUGCAGGUGCAACAGUCGUUAUGGGUGUUGGUUUAUUAUUGGCUCCAGUUAGUGGAAAUAUUUGGUUAACAGCAUUUAUAUUUGGUAUAUGCGGUAUGGGUGCAGGUUUUAUAGAUUCAGGUUUAAAUACAUUAAUAGUUUGGGUUUGGAAAGAUAAGGUGAAUCCAUUUAUGCAACUUUUACACUUUUCUUUUGGUAUUGGUGCAUUUUUGGCACCAUUAUUGGUUUCGCAAAUGGUCGAAAGAAGUCUUUUCUUCCAAUAUUUAAUUUUAGCGAUCAUUAUGCUUUCAAGUUUCUUUUCAAUAGUUUUCUUAAAACCAGCCAAACACUAUGUUGCAGAGGAUAUCCAUUCAACAGAAAAUGGUGAACUAUCAAAAGGCGAAAAAAGACUUCGUGUUGAAGUAAUUCUUGGUAUCGCUAUAUUUUUAUUCUUUUAUGUUGGUGCCGAGAGUGGUUAUGGUGGUUGGGUUUGUACAUAUAGUAUCAUAAAUUUAAAGUUUUCAGAUGAAACAGGGGCACUUUUAAACUCAAUGUUUUGGGGCACUUUUACACUUAGUAGAUUGGGUGGUGUAUUUUUAUCAUUGGUAUUAUCACCACAAAAAAUGGUAGUUUUAGAUACAUUGGGUUGUUUCUUUUUCGCCAUUUUAAUUAUAAUAUUCCCAGGUUCUCCAGCUAUUCUUUGGAUAGGUACUGCAGGUUUGGGUAUAAGUUUAGCAAGUAUUUUCCCUACAGCUUUUUCUCUUCCAUCCAAUAUUAAUAUUCCAAUUACUGGUGAGGCUACAUCAUAUAUGGUUAUUGGUGCAGUUAUUGGUGAAGUUGUUAUUCCAUGGUCAAUUGGUAUGUUCCAACAUCACGUUGGUAUGCACACUUUACCUUGGGUCGUUUUAUUCUCGUUGAUCAUAUCGUUGGUUAUUUACAUUAUGAUCAAUCUUCGUACAAUCCAGGUCAGAGCAAGAGAAAGAGGUCAAAAUAUCAAUUUUUCAUUCAGUAACUCAAUUGCAUUAUUAAAUCAAGUGGUAAAUAGUAAUACUAAUAGUAAUAAUAAUAAUAAUAGUAGUGAUAUUAACAAAGAUAAUAACCUCGAGGCAAUUAGCAGUGUUAAUAUUUCAAUAAAUAACAUCGAAAAUAAACAAACAUUUAUUAUUUAA